CUGUCAUUCCACCUCCACGACCACGACAUUGUUAGGCAAGUAUAGAAAUUCACUGUCACAAAUAUCCUAUAUUAAAUUCAUUAUUGGAAACCCAUAUUUAAACAGGGUAUACUCAGAAAAUAUUUUGGAACAAUCCGAACAACAGACUAAACCGAAACAUCAAGCACUAUGGCUGCUAAGACCCACCUGUACAAAGUAGAGAUGACCUGUGAAGGAUGCUCCGGAGCCGUGGAAAGAGUUCUAAACAAAUUGAAAGGCAAAGGAGUAGAAGACAUAAACAUAGAUUUGAAAGGCCAACAAGUAUCCGUAACAGCUACAAUGGAUUCUGAAGAAUUGCUGACGAUCAUCAAAAAGACUGGCAAAACCACUACUUACAUCGGAGAGAAAAGUUAGAAAGGACGUCUUACUGGAGGCUUUGCAUGAAUGGCUUAGAGUUGUGAUUCCACCUUUACAUAAUACGAGAGCUUUAUAAUUUUCAUAGUUAGAAUUUAUACAUUUACUGAUAAGUGUAGAUUAGUUUGGUAAGUAAUUUUAAUAGAUUUUUUACCGAAUUUUACUGUGAUGGCGAUUUAUUCAAGGUGUUUGGUUUUCUUCCAAAAUGUCGCUUGUUAUUUAUACAAAUUUUAAAAUUAGUUCUCACUUAGAAUAUUUGAAUGUUUCAACGUUUUAUUACCAGCUAUAAACUUAAGAAAAUGUAGGUUUAUUUUAAAAGGGUUAUUAAACUCUAGUUUAGUGUCCUUAAAAUUUUUCAUUACAAUGCUUCCAACCUUUUUCUGUAGGCAAGGUUUAUUAAGUGUGCAUAGCAGGGUUUAUAACUGAAUUAUUUUGCCAAUGUUUGUUGUUGUAGAGAAAAUGGCUUGUUAAUCUUUAUUUAUUUUACUGGGUUUGUAAGUUAUUUUUUGUUGUUGUUAAUCCUUAUGGGUCAUCGUUUUUAUAGGUAAGCUAACAUUUAUAUAAGCUAAUCGUUAAUUAUAAUGAAAUCUUGCGAAAAUAGCCUGUAUUUAAAACAUUUUUUUUGUUAAUCCUUGUUAAAUUUGCCGCUUAAUUAAAAAACCUAUCCUGUAUUAAUAUAAGAAGUUAGAGGUACCUUCUUGAUUUUGAAAUAGGCUGAAUAGAUAAAACUGAUGACUCGUAUGAAACAAUAUAUUUCCUUAUAAUGUUCAUUUAAUAGCAUAUUCCAUUUGUUUAAAGCAAUGCUUAUGUGAAAGAACAAUUUGACCUCUUUAUGAGUCAAAACUGUUGUUCAUGUACCCUUAAAAUGUGAUUUAAUGCGUAAGGUUAAUCUUACAAUGUUACUGAUAAGAGCAUAACAAAAUAUAAUUACGAUAUUAACAAUUUCUUAAACCACUGUUAGGGCCAUCGAGUACAUAUUUAUUUCCAUGAUUUUUUGACAUUUUAGAAUGGGAAAUAUUCCACUUAGAUUUUCAUACAAAGUUACAACAUAAUAUUCAAGCAGCUAUAAGAAUUACCUACGACUGCUGAAAUUAUUUACAUAAUAUUUUGGAUGAUUGUUAACAACACAAACAUUUAUCUAAUCUUAAGCUGGUGUUGGAAGGAUUGUAUUUUUUUUUAAUGCUUUAUAUGAUAUUUAUGGUGUGCUAAGUUUUUUUUGUUCCUAAAAAUGCCCUCUUUAAGCCAAUGUAUCUGUCCAUAGUUUUAAAUAUAUUUUAUUAGGAAAUGUAGCGUUAACACAGGAAUAUUGGUUAAUGGUUAUAAAUGUUUAUGAUGUUAGUUUAAUUUGUGUAAGUUUCCAUUAUUAUACUUGCAUGGUAAACAAGUUAAUUGCUGUACUGGAAGGUUUCAUGUUCUAGGGUUUUAUUGUGAACUGUUCUAGUAUUCUACCUCCUAACAGCAGUUUAGCGCUCAAAAGUUAGAGUUGUGGCUAUUAGGUAAUAAUAAAGACUGUACUCAUUGUUUCAAUUAAUUGUGAUAAAUAAUAAACAAUUUUCCUAAUUA